AUGCUGGACAUGAGUGAGUCCCGCGCCCAGCCGCCCUGCAGCCCGUCUGGCACCGCCAGCUCCAUGUCGCACGUGGAGGACUCGGACUCGGACGCGCCGCCGUCGCCUUCGGGUUCCGAGGGCCUGGGCCGCACGGCGGGCACGGGGGGCAGUGGCCGGGGCGACUCGGCUGAGGCGGCGGACGACCGCUUCCCGGCUUGCAUUCGCGACGCAGUGUCGCAGGUGCUCAAGGGCUACGACUGGAGCCUAGUGCCCAUGCCCGUGCGCGGCGGCGGCGGCGGCGCGCUCAAGGCCAAGCCACACGUGAAGCGGCCCAUGAAUGCCUUUAUGGUGUGGGCGCAAGCGGCACGCCGCAAGCUGGCCGACCAGUACCCGCACCUGCACAACGCCGAGCUCAGCAAGACGCUGGGCAAGCUGUGGCGCCUGCUGAGUGAGAGCGAGAAGCGCCCCUUCGUGGAGGAGGCAGAGCGGCUGCGGGUUCAGCACAAGAAGGACCACCCCGAUUACAAGUACCAGCCGCGCCGGAGGAAGAGCGUCAAGACGGGCCAGAGUGACUCGGACUCGGGUGCCGAAUUGGGGCACCACCCCAGCGGUGCUGUGUACAAGACUGACACGGGCCUUGGCGACGCACACCACCAUGGUGACCAUACAGGGCAGACCCACGGGCCACCCACCCCACCUACCACCCCCAAGACGGACCUGCACCAAGGGGGCAAGCAAGAGCUGAAGCUGGAAGGCCGCCGCCUGGUGGACAGUGGGCGCCAGAACAUCGACUUCAGUAACGUGGACAUCUCAGAGCUGAGCAGUGAGGUCAUUGGCAACAUGGACACCUUCGACGUCCACGAGUUUGACCAGUACCUGCCCCUCAACGGCCACUCGGCCCUGCCCACAGAGCCGGGCCAGCCUUCCACCUCUGGCUCUUACGGGGGUGCCUCCUACUCACACUCUGGGUCCGCGGGCAUUGGAGCAUCCCCCGUGUGGGCCCACAAGGGAGCCCCAUCGGCCUCUGCGUCACCCACCGAAGCAGGUCCCCCUCGGCCCCACAUCAAGACGGAGCAGCUGAGCCCUGGCCACUACGGCGACCAGUCCCACAGCUCUCCAGGCCGUACCGACUACAGCUCCUACAGCGCCCAGGCCAAUGUCACCACGGCCGCCUCCGCGGCAGCUGCCAGCUCCUUCACCAGCUCACAGUGUGACUACACCGACCUGCAGGCCCCCAACUACUACAACCCGUACGCUGGCUACCCGUCCAGCCUCUACCAGUAUCCCUACUUCCACUCGUCCCGCCGGCCCUAUACCUCACCGCUGCUCAGCAGCCUCUCUGUGCCACCUGCCCACAGCCCCCCCAGUAACUGGGACCAGCCCGUGUAUACCACCCUGACCAGACCCUGA